UAUACGUGAAUGCGAGAGAAAGCACUUAGGGGACCAGAGGUUUCUUGUGGGAAGCGGGGGCGCCCUCUUCAUUCAGGCACGCUUCUCCACAGCAGGGUCAAUAAAGGUCUCCUUCCCCUUUAAAUCCCGCCCCCCCCGCUUUAUGGAGGUUUCCUAUCCCAUCAUGCUCUCCUUCCUUGCUCCACACCGCCCUCAAGAUGGCUGCUGUUACCGGCUGUUGCAAAAGGUUUUGCAAAACUGUGAAGCUGGCAACUGCAGUAAGAGAUUGGAUGAGAACUGUAAACAGGAAGAGGGCUGGCUGCCUACCCUUCAGCUCAUCCGCCAUGGCUCCAAAGCUGUCACCCGCCACUGGAAAGCCAUGCACAUCAUGCGGCUGAAGCUGAUGGCAGUGACAGAAUACAUUCCGCCAAAACCUGCAAUCCCAGAGACAUGCUUCAAACCCCCUGUUGUCAUUGAGGAGGAAAAUGGCUAUGCAAAGCUGUUGCGUCGGCAAGUGGAGCAAGCAUUCCUUGAGAAUAAAAUGAUUGCUGUGUGUCAAUACAAUUAUAUUCCUGGAUAUGAUCUAGUUUUCAUGAGGCAUCGGUUGCGGAAGUACAACAUCCACGCGAAAUUCUUCCCCAAUGAGAUCAUGAGAGCAUUUCUUUCAGAAUCAAAAUAUAAGAAUCUUCUCCCUCUCUUUGUGGAUCGCAACCUUCUACUGGUGAGUCCAGAAACAAGAGUGCAAGAAAUGCUGCGGGUCUUGAAGAAUGUGCCACAGAUUAAUCUCCUGGGAGCUUACAUUGACAAUACCAUCCUAAGCAAGCAAGGUUUCACCAACUACGCUAAUUUGCCCUCCAUGGUGGCUGCUCAAGGGCAAGUGGUGGGUACACUCUCUCUCAUGACCUCCCAGACUAGUACACUUCUGCAACGCGGCCCUGUUCACUUGACUUCCUUGCUGGACCAAUACGUUAAACAGCAGAGUGGUGAAGCAGUUGAAGCUAAGGAGGAGAAGACUCCUGAGAAGUCAGAAGCUGCUUGAUUAAUCCUCUCCAAUGCCUGUUCAUCACCCUGGACACAAACUGGCAUCUGUUGGUUGUAUGGCCCUAGUUUGGAUUGGAGGGACAGACUAAGGUCUCCAUAUCAAGAGGGUUAAAAUGAUGACCCCCAUGAAUGAGGGAUGCUCAUUCCAUCUGGACAUGGAAAUUGGUUCACAUUUACACUGACUUAUAAAGCAGGCCAACAAGAGUGGAGGCAACCCAGUGGGAAUCUAUUAAUUCUGCUGUGAUCUAAAAUAAACUGGUAAAUAGAGGAGCCAACUGUUAAACCCAACACAAUGCUUAACUCUGUGGAACAAUUUCCUGAAGAAUUAUACCACAUGCUUGCAGCUGCCAAUCUUAAUAUUAUUACUACUUUCUAAAAAGGAUCCUAUUGUGUGUAUCAUGUUAGGAGAUUGGGUUUAUGGGAAGAUGGGGUGGCCAAUAUUUAUUUUAAUAAAACUUGGCUACAAGUUUUAAUAUAAAUAACGGCUUGUUUGCUGAUCAUGGGGAAUGGCUAUAUACAAUACUGAAACUUAACCCCAUCUCUAGAGAUGUACACAAACCUUGGUUUGUGCAGUGGUUCAAAUAUGCACCAGUUUGUGGUUUUGUAAACUGGUUUGUGCCGGUUUGGCCCAAUCAUGAACCAGUUCAAGGGCAGUGCUGGGGUGGACAGCAAGCAGCACCUUCAAAAGUGAGUAGAGUGGGUCCUUACCUGCAUGCCUGCUGCUCCAUGCAGCUUCCUGCUGCUGCACUGCUCCCCCCAACAGCCUGCACAUGGUACCGGCAUGCACAUGUCCUCUGCGCAUGCCUGGAAGCCAUUUGUGAGGUCAGCAACACCAUUCUGACCAUGAAAAUGGCUUCUGGGUUCAUGCAUGUCUCUAUCCCUGUCCAUUGAAGAUUUUGCUCAAUCCUCUGAGCUUUCACAAGUUGUUGUCCACACACUUUCAAACAAAUUGUUAAAACCAUAUUUUUCUUCCUUUUUUAAUCAAGUACUGAAUAAACAUAGGCUUGGAGUAUG